AGCUCUAGAAAUCGAACUACGUCAUUUCCCUGCGCAGCAAGCUGACUCGCUACCCCUCCGGUCACCUCUGUGUUGGUCAGUGAGGUUGACAUGUACCGAGCUCUGAGCACCGGCAGGCAGCAGGGGGUGAGACACCGGAUAUAUGGCGGCUAUUUACUAAUACAGGAGUAAAGUGUGCAUUAUGCAGAGAGAUAACAAGCAAACUUUAUUCAAUUCCCAGCAGCUUUAUGUAUAAAGACACAGACAGGCACACAUUAUAUUAUAUAAUAUAUUAUUUAUUUAUAAAAUAUUUUACAAGGAAAGAUACAUUUAGAUUUCUCUCGUUUUCAAGUAUGUCCUGGGUCCACAAAUCAUUGCAUUGUUACAUUAGGGUACAAUAAAAUACAAAACCAAUAUUAAUGCACAAUAAAUACAAAAUGUAACAUAGAACAGGUAGGAAAUAUAUAAUCAACCAUGACACGUGCAUUCUGUUUUGAGGUAUGUAGAGAGGGAUCUCUUAAAUGACUUUAGGGAAGAUUUUAAAUUGUGCGGGAGGUCGUUCCACAAUUGCGGUGCUCUGUAGGAGAAGGAGGAUCGGGCUGCUUUCUUUUUUUAUUGAGGCAGACUAAAUAAAGUGUUGGUACUGGGUCGGAGGUUAUAGGAAGUGGGAACAGCCGGGGAAAGCAUUUUGCUCAGGUAGGGUGGGAGCUUCCCAGAAAGGCUCUUAAACACAAGGCUGGAAAGAUGAAGGGUGCGUCUGGAUUCCAGCGACAGACAGUUUAGUUCCUUUAGCAUGUCACAAUGCUGGGUCCUGUAAUUACAUUGUAGCACAAAUUGGCAGAACGAGUUAUACAAUGUGUUGAGUUUAUUAAUGUGGGAUUGCAAUGCAAAUGCAAAUACUACAUCCCCAUAAUCAAUGAUUGGCAUAAACAUUUGCAGUACAAUCUUUUCCUUUACUGUAGAGCUUAGGCAUGAUUUGUUUCUGUACAGUGCACCUAGUUUUGGAUAAAGUUUAGAUGCAAGCUUUUCUAUGUGCAGGCCAAAAGAUAGAUUGGGGUCUAACAUCAUACCCAAGUAUUUGAAAGAGUGGACUGCGGUCAGUGUGCCAUUUGAAUUUGUUUUGAUGGAUAGGUGGGAAUUGUGUAAUUUAGGUACUGUUCCAAAGAUCAUUUUGACAGUUUUGUCAGUGUUCAGGAAGAGUUUGUUGUUUGCGAUCCACUUUUCUACCUUUUUAAACUAGUCUUGGAGAACAGCCUCAAGCUGCGGUAGAUCGGAAUUGCUUGCAUAGAUUACCGUGUCAUCUGCGUACAUGUGUACAUUUGAGGAUUUGCAGACAUUAGGCAGAUCAUUUUAUAAAUAAUGUAACUAAUAGGGGGCCGAGAAUGGAACCUUGGGGAACACCACACGUGACUGGGAGGGGGAGGGAGUCGCUGUCAGAAAUGGACACAUAUUGCGAGCAAUCCGAUACAUACGAUCGAAACCAGUUUAGCGAACGAUCACCAAUACCUGAGUUUUUGAGUUUGUGCAGUAGAAUGUCGUGGUCUACUGUGUCAAAGGCCUUAGCAAAAUCAAGGAAAAUAGCUCCAGUUAGUUCUCCUUGUUCCAUGCCAGUUUGGAUGUCAUUGCAAACUUUUAAGAGGGCAGUUGUAAUGGAGUGAUUCUGGCGAAAGUCCGAUUGAUCAGGGGUCAGAUAGUUUGAUUGUUGGUAGUACUCACAUAGUUGCGUAUGGAAACCAAAGUAGUGUCACCACUUUUAUGGAUAGUCACUACUCUCGCAGUCUUCCAAAGUUUGGGUAUGUAUCCAGACACCAAGGAUUUGUUAAUUAGAGUUGCGACGGGUUUAGCAAUUGCCAGCGCACUGAGCUUCAACAGCAUUGCUGGGAUUUGAUCAGGUCCGGACUGGUUUUUCAUUUUUAGAUUAUUAAGAUGUUUUUCAAUGACACUAACAGGUACAGGUCUAAAAAUGAACUUGUCUAUAUUGGGACUUUGCAAAUUUGCUAAUAUAUAGUGUUUAUAUUCUGUAUAUAGUGUUUAUAUUCUGUAUAUAGUGUUAAUAUUCUUACCUUAUCACUUUCUGUUUGUUCUUUAUGUGAUGGGUUGUUAUAUUGUCUUGUAAGUAAAAUUGUAUUUAAAUUGAUAGUGAGUGAAUUUGGUGUGAGUCCUGGUUUAUGUUUGGAUUUCUGUAUUUGUAUGUUUUACAAUGCAGGACACAGUGGGACAGGGACACUGCACCCAAUGAGAUGAAGUGGUCUGGGUGCCUAUAGUGGCCUUAUAAAGUGGAAUGGUAAAAUUGGGGGGCGGGGGCGUGAGUGGGGUAGGUAAAGGUGCAUUUACUUACCUGAACCUGUCCCUUGCAGGCACCGCCAUCGUGAUCCAGUGGGAUCCUCUUCAGCGUGGACGUCAGUGAUGUACUCCCGCGCAUGCGUGAGAAUACACCAUUGAAGUCUUGUGGUGGAUCAUGUGGCCUCCAUAGACACAGCCAAUUAAUCAGUGAUGGCUGCAGGGAUUGACUCUAUAGCUCUGUCUUGUGUCAGUGAAAGUCAGGUGGAGUCAUGUCUCAGCAUCUCUCUUUACUGGUUUGGAAUUUCAGUGAAAUUCCAACACGGCCAUAAUGAGUAUUUCAUAAAGAUUCUAUCUUUAUGAAAUAUAAUUUUUUUGAAGGGGAACUGGGGGGAGUGACAGUGCUGCUUUAAAGUUAUGUUUGCAUGCUACACGUCAGCAUAACCAGCCUUUUUUUUUUUUUUUCUCUCCUUAGACAUCUGUCCUGCGAAGGCUUCUCAGUACCUUGGUUAUUGCAGAACAUGACACCAAUCAGGUGACACCAAUAACUCUAAGUGCGAUCUCUGCUGCCAAGAAACUAGGGGGUGAUGUGUCCUGUUUGGUUGCAGGGACCAACUGUACCAAGGUAAGUGACAUUCCAUUCAAUGUAAAUUGACAUGUCUUUUAUUACUGUAAAAUUGUGUAAUAACAGGUUAGCUUAAAGGUCUGCCAUGCUGGCAGGAUCGGCCUUAAUAUUCUGUGAUUAGUCACUUUUACAUAACUAGUCACUCAUACCUUAUUAGCCAAAUAGAAUGUACAUGCACAUUUUGCAACUGUAGAUUCUCUAUUAAACAACUAUGGAGACUCAUCAGCACACAUACAAAGUUAUAGUGUCCCCAGGUGCCAUGCUUCCAUUCAGCAUUAAUCCAUUUUUAAUGUUAAAUGAGAGUUCCCAGCAUCCCAUCCACUCUGUGCUGAUUGGCUAUUGAGGGAGCAUUAUUAAAAAGGAGCUAAAGAAUAUGCCUUCACAGGACACAUUCCAUCGCAACUCUGUUUUAAAUUCGAUUUCUCUAUUCAUCUAAAAUAAUAAAAGUACAAAUUGUAGCAUUGAAAGGCUCCAAACAUGCUAUUUUCCCAGAGUCUAUGCAUUUUGGGCUUAAAGGGACACGCCAUUCACCCAGACCACUUCUGCCCAUUGGAGUGGUCUGGGUGCCAAAUCCCAUCACCCUUAACUCCCAUCACCCUUAGUUUUUAUAAACUGCAAUAAUUACCUUGCAGGGCUAAGUCCUGUUCUAGUGGCUAUCAGACAGCCACUAGAGGGACUUCUGUGUUCUUAAAACACAAAAGUGUUUUAAACGACGCUGGACGCCCUCACGUUAUGAUAUACCUGUAUCAUUUGAGACAACUGUCUAUGAAAAGGAUAGAUAGAUAUAUGUAUUUUCAUUUAAAAUUCACUUUGUAGACAGAAUUGGAUUGGUUGAUUCCAAUCGUCAAUUCUGAUGAUCUCAGCCAAGGAAGUGGCUGGGAGCAGAUCCAAACAUCCCCCUGGCCAAUCAGCAUCUCCUCAUAGAUAUUUAUUGAAUCAUUGCAUCUCUAUGAGGAAAGUUCAAUGUCUCCAUGCAGAGGGUGGAGACACUGAAUGUCAGUGCUGCGGCCCAGGAAGCAUUUCAAGUAGCCACUUGAGAUGUCCCUAGGCUAUAAUGUUUACACUGCAUUUUCUUUGAAAAUACAGUGUUUACUGCAAAAAGCUGCAGGGACUGGCUAUAUUUACCAGAACAACUACAUUAAGCUGUAGUUGUUCUGGUGACCAUAGUGUCCCUUUAACUGUUUUCGGUGAUCUUUACACGUAGCCUAUUUUUGUAUUUUUAGGUUCUCUCUGUUCAGUAAAUAUUGCAGGAUGGCCUACUCUAAAUGUCCCUUUUUGUAUUUACAGGUAGCUGAGGAACUGGCAAAGGUGCAGGGAGUGAACAAACUAUUUGUAGCUCAGCAUGAUGUGUACAAAGGAUUGCUACCAGGUAAAUAUUGUAUCUUAUAUUGGGUUUUACACUGCACCGGUUUACACAUUUGCAUCCUCCUCCUCCUUAUCACCUCAGUGCUUUCUACUAGCCUUGAUCUCCUCACCAUCACUAUUUUAUAUUGUAUGCGUAAUUAUUCAAAUGCAAUAUGUAUCACUUCAUAAAGUAUACCAUGUAAUCGGUACAUUGGGUUUAUAAAUAUACAGGUGCUAUAUUUUUUUAGGUUAUGCUCUGUGGAAUAAAGUUAUAAAAAUUAGAAAUAUGGGUGCCGUACAGGAUGCACAUUGUCUACUACCUCCAUGAUCUUAAAGGGACAAUCUAACGACUAGUCAUUACAUUUUGAUGAAGUGGUUUUGGUGUACUCAUGCUGUCAUUUUUUUUUUGUUUUGUUAAUGUACAAUGUUGUUUCUUAAAAUUGGCAGUGUUUACAUUUGUAAGUUCUGCUGAGAACCCUCUUUUAGUGGCUGUCAGACUUUGCCACUAGAGUCACUUACUCCUUAAGACUUUCAAUUUUCAGAAAUCUUCACGCACAGCAUGACAACGCUAAAAGUAGCUAAAGGUUUACCAAGAGAAUCAUUAGAUUCAGUGCUACAAUAUGAGAAGCACUGGAUUCACAGCACUCAUCAAUUUUUUUUUCUUUAAACCUCUUUUCAAUACUGAGGCUGUCUUGGUGCUGGCCAGCAGCGUGCACGCAUUCAAUCAAUGCUUUCCUAUGGGGAACAUCAAAGAUGUUAGCUGUGCUCAUGCAAAAGUUUAGGACAUCCAAUGUCGGACAGUCAAGGAAGCGCCUCUAGUGGCUGUCUGGAACACAGCCACAAGAGGUGGAGUUAACCCUGCAGUAUAAUCAUUUCAGUUUCUCAGUAACCAUAAUGUUUUACAGAUGAAGUGGUGUGGGUACCUAUAGUGUCCCUUCAAUAUUUAUUUAUUUUAAAAAUGUCUGUCUGACAUCCUCUAGAGGUGUGUUCUUGGUCAAAUGUAAACAUUUCCAUUUCUAAGAAAUUGUCUGAGCAAAGGGACCGCAUCCGUGCACCUAAACCCACACAUUUAGAUGUCGCAUGUGUGUAUGUAUAUCUCUCUAUAUAUAUCUAUAUCUAUCUUAGUUUAACAUUACAGCCAUGUGAGCUCCUGGUUUACACAAUGUUAUUUUGUUUUAGAUUGCAUUCAGAGUAUAACUCAAAAAUGAAAACAAUACAUAAAAUGGAUGUGUAAUUGGGCUUAUACAUCCAACCUCUCUAAAAGCCAAUAGAUUAAUUUACAAAGUGUUUUCUGUGGCAGUCUCAAAGCAAGUUGUGGAAUAAUUGUAUUUUGCUUCCUGAAAGCAACACUUAUUAAUAAUCACAACUGCCUUGUAAACUCAUUAAAUGAAGCAGUACCUGGUCACUUUUGUUGCUUGAGUCUCUUUCUUUGUGACUGAAUUUUGAAGCUGUGCCGGUGAUUAUAGUUAUUAUUGUUUUUCCAGAGGAGCUGACACCAUUGAUUUUGGAAGCACAGAAGCAGUUCAAUUUUACACAUAUCUGUGCUGGAGCAUCGGCUUUUGGCAAGGUGAGACACAUUUGUUUGUUAACAUCUGAUCUGCAAGUGCCACCUUCCCUCCUUCAGUGAGGUUUGAGGUGAGCAAUUCUAGAACCACCGAAUUCUAGACCUCUCUGUAGCAGUAGCCUGUUAUGAGUAUCUGUACCUCUCUCUUUUUCUAGAAUCUUCUGCCCAGAGUAGCAGCGAAACUUGAUGUAGCUCCUGUCUCAGACAUCAUAGAAAUUAAAUCUCCAGACACAUUUGUCAGGACAAUAUAUGCAGGUGAGACAUAUUUGUUGUAUUUAUCAAAUGUUUUGACUAUAUUUGGAAAAUGGUUUUGUAUAUUGUGCAUGUAGCUACAUUAUACCUGUUACUGUUAGGUCGUUGUGACGGAACCUCCCAUGCCACAGCCUUCUUGAGAAGCGUAAAGGCUAGCCUCCUGCCCACAGAAUAUGGGCCUGGUCCCAGGGGCCCCUAAUAGAGACUGUUGUCCCUGUGGGUGAGGGACCCCGGAUGCUUGUUGUAUCACAACAGAAUACCAGUGCCAAGAGAGCCUUUGUCUGCUUUUUUCUAUUGUGUUAUUAGUGCCUGUAUGUUUUCUCAUAUGAUUUAGAUAUAUGUAUUAAAUUGAAUGUGCGUGUAUAUAUUUUUUGUAUUUGAAUUACAGAGAAGAUCGUUCAAUGAGCAUGCCCAGUUGCUGUGCAUUCCCACAGCUGCUUACAUAGGUGUGGAAGAAUGAUGGGUUGCACACAUUGUAAGCUUCCAUGUUUAAAGGAACACUCCAUUAAAUAUCAGAUAAAAUAUUCACACUUUAGACAAGUUUACAUGUAAUUUGCUCUGCAUGUUUUCAUUGGACGUAUAGAAAUCUCAGCUUGGAAUAGCUGCGUGCAAACACUCCCUUUCUUCCCCAGUACAGACUUAUCAGUGAGUUGAGAUGCUCUAAGCAAUUGCCUGCCUUUUGAAUUUAGCCCUAUGAGAGGUGCAGAGGAAUACGUAAACACCAAGAUGAAAAGAAAAAAUCAUUGUUUAUAUAUAAAACAAUAAUAAAAAAAUUAAAAAAAACCCUCCCACCCAUAUAAUUGUAGUGAGUCCCCUAAACCAAUGAGGGUUUUUUUUUGUUGUUUUUUUUUUUUUGCGCUCAGGUACAAGUGUUUCUCUAUGCCACUCCUUUGCUUUAGGAUUGAUUUCUUUGGUGGAGAUACAGUGAGGUGGUUGCAGGACACACACUUUUUCUUCAAAUUAUUAUUUUUAUUUUUUUUUAGCAGUAAAUAGUCAAUCUAUUGAUCUGUGUUUUUUAUUUUAUUUAUUUAUUUUUUAUGAUGUAUCUUCAAGUUGGCAUUAAAAACACACGUUUUUAAAUUAAAGAUUAAUAGGAAUUAGGAAAAGAUAGUCCUCAAGAUUUACCAGUCUCUCUGAGUCCUCAACAGAUUAAAAUGCCGUGACAUUUGUGAAUUUCCAUCCAGAAUUUGCAGUGAGAUGAGAAAGUACCACUGGUGACGUUCAUUCGGCAUAAUCUGCAGUAUUGAAAAUCUAGAGUUGCCAAAUCCAUCAUGGUUUUUAGGAUUGAUAUUACUUCUUUAUGCCGAUGGCCAACACAAGAAGUACAGCUCUGCAGUAUACAGUAUUUAUUCUGCCGCAGGAGGAAAUGAAUCAAAAACAGUGCGUUGUAAUUAACAGUCAUGGCUAAUCUUUAUGGGUUCUCCCUUGAUUGAAUUAAUAUAUUAUUAUUAUUUUUUUUUUUUUUUUUGUUAUUUAGUUUAUUUUUCUCCCCUUGCUGCAGCUUAUACAUUCUGCAGAACUGUAAUUUUCUCAUAAAAGUGACGCAGUCAUGAACACAUUGUGGAUCUGGUAUCCCUAGAUCCGAUCUCCCACUACCUGUGCAAAAGUCUUUUUCACGGUUUUCAGGCAGGGGCUGAGGGGUUCCAAGUCUAGCCCAAUCAGGUGUUUUAAUAUUUAAUUUUGCGAAUAAAAAGUACUUUCUGGCAUUUUAAACCAUAUCGACUGCUAAAACCCCAUCUGAUGUGCAGUGCAAAGCUACUGGUUACUCUGUAAAUUUGUGUCUGCCCAUGCUGACCUACUCUACACAUCCCAAUGGCUGUCAAAACACUGACUGACUUAGAGUAGCCAAAUUAAAAGAUUAGCUGACUUUAUUUUAAUUUUUUUAAUUUUUCCAGUUUGGCAAUUUUGACAUUCACUUUAAAUUCUCCUUUUCGUAAAUAACCCUGAUCGGUUCCAGCUCACGUCCCUGUUAGUGAUACAUAUUGCAUGCUUAUUGUCACAUUAAAUUCCUUGAAUCUUCUUUAAAUAUUUGUUGUUUUUCAUUGUGUAGAUAUAUUACCAACAUUUCUAGAAGCACACAUAAUGAUUUUGAUUGAUUUUAGCCACUUUUUAUAGUGUAUCAUUUUUUGUAUCUAUGAAUUCAUUUCUCUGUUUUCCCACCCUCGGUUAGGGAAAUAUUUUUCCUGUCUACUUUAGCACAGAGCAAUAUCAAGUGGUUUCUUGCCUGCAUGUCCCGUUAAAUAUUAAUCCAUCCUGCUGUUCUGGGAGCUCGUCAUUACAACAUACAAAUCUGUGUCCUCAGGUUGAGAAAUCCCUCAGGGUCGCCAUUACAUACAUUCCUACUCCUCCAGCAAUAGCCCGAGUAGAGCACUUGGGCUUGUUACGACAGGAAGAUUACCUGCACAACCAAGCUCUAACAGUUCAAUAAAAGUCAUUUUUUUAUUACAAAAAUGACCAUGGAUUUGUGUACUGAAAAAAUAAAUAAAUAUAUAUAUAUAUAUAUAUAUAUAUAUACACACACACACAAUUUAAAUUUUUUUUAUUAAAUAUAUUUCUAAACGGAUAGACCUCUAGGUACUUAUGUUGGGCCACGCGAGGUUCAUAUAUUUGUUGUAAAACCCCACUUUAAUCAUUUUUGUUGAUUUUUAAGUGUUUGUCUAAGGGCUGUUUUAUCUUCACCAGAAGAUCCAGAACACACCUGAUUGUGUGAUAAACAUGUGGCAAGCAAGGGAAGUAUGAAUUCUCUGCUGGUAGAAACCCCAAUGAUAGGGAAAUCAGGCAGAACCAUUGAGUUGGUUUCCACAGUGAUUUCUCUAAUUUUAGAAAUUCGAUCCGCAAUUGCUUAUUUUUCAUAACCGUUUAUAGGAUUGUUAUACAGAUUGCCAGCUCUCUUAACCAGAAGCUUGGAUUUCCACAGGUCUUAGCAAAUGUACUGUGCUAGUUUGCCAUACCAUCACAGCUACAGCAGCUAGAACUGCAAAUGUGUCUAAAGUUCUCACUUGAACUGGCCCCAUGCUGUACAAGGGAAUAGACUGAUUCUUCAAUCUUCAGGGCUCACUCACAUACACAAUUUGACUUUGCAGAGUGUCAGGGUGAGAAAGUAGUCACCCACAAGAUGAAGGUGUUGGUUACAGCAUACACAUUAUGGUGUUCUUUUUAGGAGUAAUUUGUGGGUUAGUCUUUCUGUUAGAAGAUGAGUUGUCCAUUGUUGUGGGAUGUGAGAAAUUUAUCUAGUAUCGGCUAUAUCAUGGUUCCAGGUGUGGAGAGGCCCUUCUAUAUCUAAUUCACAUAAGAGAGAGAGAAUUAGAUGAGGGUGUUGAGGAGAUAUAUUUGUCUGAGAGCCAUUGGAAGGUAUGGAUGGUGUUUCUUUUCCCAGAGAUACUUUUCUGUUCACCUCUGCGCCAUACGUGUAGGUGUAUAUGUGAAACCAUGGAGAGAUGGUUUCAGAGAUGUGAUGCAGAUAAUCCUGCUUGAUAUUUGUGUGUGUGUGUAUGUAGAAGAUAAUCUAGUUGUUAUUGAUCCAGAUACUAUUAUAUAUUGCAUUAUAUGGCAUCCAAAUAACUGUUAUCUGGUACUGGUAUGAAAAAGAUAGAAGUGGGGUGUCACUGUCACCCAUAGAUAAGGCCAAACACUGAGAUGGAAUUCUUUGACCAAGUUUGGAGAAUAACUAUGAGAACCCAGAAGAACGUUCGAUAAUUGAUUUAGUUGCUUCUUAUAAUGUUCCUGCCCCACAUGAAAACCCCCUAUAUUUGGGCAUUUUUGAUUAACCAUGGCAAGGAGCUCAAUAGCUAUUGGAAGAGAAGAGGUAAGAUGGCGGCUUGCCUAGUCCCAUUAAAAUUAGAAUAUUUCUGAUGACCCAAAAUAGCCAAUAUUGACGGUCUCUCUAAAUCAUGAGCAGGCAACCACCUACACUCCAAAUAAUGUGGACCACAUCUCCCUGAUGCUUUGCCAAUAGUAUGGCUGUAAGAGCAUUGUGGGAUAUGUAGUCCACAGCAUCUGGAGUGAUGAAGGUUGAUUACCUCUGCUCUAAAUUGUGUAUAUGCUUUUAUGCCAAGAACAAAUGGACCAGUAAAACCAAAAGUCUCUUGGCUGAGCCCUAGGUAUUGGCAGCCCAUGCUGUCCACAAUAGUAGGAUAGGCUUAGAUAAAGUUUCUUGAUUCGAUCUAGUUAUUCUCAUAUUGUUGGGGUCCUCUAUUCCAAUAACAAAUCAAACUUCUUUCAGCAUGAUUUCAAGAGACACUCUAAUUUUAAUAACUACUCCAGCUCAUUAUCGUUGUUUUGGUGCUUUGAGUCUAUCAGCCCUGCCCCCGGUUUUCUGCGCGACCGUUUAGGAAAUGGGUCCUAAUAGCUUGAUAGGUUGUGCAAUUUAGAUGUGGUGUGCCCCUAGUUUCAGUAUAACUACAGUUUUAGCUCUGGCUAUGUCUGAGAAGGUAAGGGAUUAACAACUCUAACACUUGUUUGUUGGAAUAAGAAUAAUUUAAUUGGAGAACAGGAAAUCAUUAACUAGUCUUGUUGUGAUUUAUACCCAUCAAAGAUGAUCUGUGUGUGAUGUGUAUAUAUAUAAAUGGGAUUUGCUAUGGGCUGAAGCUAUACAAAUGUAACUCCUCAGAUAGUGAUGAUUCUUUUCUCCUUACUCCGGAAUUCCACGCUGGAAUCCAGGAGCAUUGUGUCCAGGAGCAUCGAUCACCCACAAUGCUCCAGAUGUGCAUGGCUCUUCAUUUGCUUAGAAACUGCUGUGUGAACCAGUGCUCACUAAUGCAUUCCUUCCAUCCUCACAGCACUACUGGGGUAGGUGCACAGAAGGCCAGGAGAAGCGGCCGGUCUCCUGAUUCUGAGAGCCCUCCUCACAGCCCUGUUCCCCCCCCCCCUUUGGACCGAGGAAUAUCCCGGUCCCCCCUGGGUGAGCUAAUGUCCCUGCAAUCCUGCAAUAACUACUUGCAACACGAAUGAUCGUGCAGUGUGUCCAAGUUGGCCGCUGCGCUGAAGCCUUCACAGAUCCAAGCGGGACAAACAAGGAAGGAAAGAUUUGAAACCAAGUUUGAGGACCUUUGCCAGGCGUUCUGGCAAUGCAUAAGCCGCUGAUCCACCAACUCUGCAUUGCCUGUUGCACUACCAACCCAAGCUGACAACUUGACGCACGGUCCCUCAUCUGGGACGGGGGCCCAUGUGGAUGUACCUCCACCCCACUGUCCACCUUCCCAAAAGGUUCUUCGUGCACAGAAGCUCCCGCAGGUCCGCGAACCUGCCACCAUGUGUAGGGAUAUCCCUGGACAAAGGGCAAAGGCCCCCACCAAUGCCUUGGCUAGAGGAAAAGCGGAGUCAUGGCUUUGUGGACUUAGUCCUAUACACUUAUAUAAAGUACAACUAAAUCUUGGGCAUGGCGCGGAGAUUGAGAGAAGAAAUCUACCUGACAUAGAGAAUGGCUUAACACUCUGGCCUACCUUUGGUGACUCCCGGCUGGCAAAGCACCUGUGUGAUCAUAGCUCAUGUCUUAUGAGCAGAGAUUUAUGCUCCUUCUUUUUGUUUUUCACAUUAUCUUAUAGUUUCUACCCAGUGGUAUCACAGCUUGUUGGUAUUAUUUGACCUAGGUGUUUUAAUGUUUUAUAAUGCGUGGCCUUACCCAGAAGCUACAAUUAUUAUAGUCUAACAUUGAUAAUCAUACUUACCUAGAGUCUCCUAGUCUGCGAUGUCUGAGCAAAUGGCCUGAACGUCUCCCUACUCACUCAUAAUUCCAUGCUAACAUGUAUGUCUAUCAUAAGCUAGUUAAAAGUGGAAGCACGCUAUUAUUACUUUUGUGUUUACUACCACACAUGCCAGUUUAACAUGACCUUUCAUUACGAACCAUACCUACUCAUCUUCUGGCAUGAAUAGCACCAUCCUGUUUACACAUAAAAAGUUGUACAGUUUAGUCCUAUGUCAUACUGUUUGCUUUGAUAUGCAAAUGGAACACAGGAACAGAGGGUUUGAGGGUCCUGCUCAAUGAGCUUACAUGCUAGAGGGACUGGGGUAUAGUGACACAGAAGGGUAUUAGUGGGGGCGAUGAAAUAGGUUGCUAGAAAAGUAAUCACUGAGAACUUGGGUUAUGUUUGAAAGUUGCCGGAAAGAAGUCAUGUGGGGGGAAUGAAAAACCUGCUAACAGUUUACGUGAUAUGCUUUCCUGAAGUAUGUUUUCAGAGAGAAGUGGAGACUGAGUGAAAGUCAUCAACCAAUUAAUUUUUUUCCCUCUUUUAAUUUUUCUUACCUUUUGAUUCCUGAUCAUAAUUUUUGAUAUAUUUUCUUCUGUAGGAAAUGCCUUGUGCACUGUGAAAUGUGAUGAGUCUGUGAAGGUAUUCACUGUAAGAGGGACAGCAUUCGAGGUGGCUCCAUCAUCGGGGGGAAGUGCAAGCAUGGAAACAGGUGAGAACCAUUUUAAACGGAUUAGUAACAUCUGGUAAUGGAUACUGUCCAGUGUAGAUAGUUAUACAGGUAUAAAGUGUGGGUUUAAUUAUUUACUUUAAUAUGGCUGAUGAAAAAAUACCUCUAAAUUGUUGUUUGUAAGUUCUGUGGGUGAAAAUGUCAGUAGGAUGCCACAAUGAUUGCUAUGUACUUAUUAUUGAAUUGUAUCUAUGUCCCAUGGCCCUGCCCCUCUUUUUGUUUUCUUUAACACAAUCUCCUUCUAAUAGCUUGGUGUACAGAUAAAAGCUGUGAGCCCAUUCAAGCUUCCCAUCCAGGCAGUAAUCAGACAGAGGUCUUCUUACCAUAAUAUAGAGGCGAUUAAAAUUCUCCCCAUAUAAAGUUUUAUUUCCACAUCAAAUCGUAAAAGACCACAAAAACCUCUUCUGGAGGGAUUUUCAGAUAUGCGUAAAUUUAGGGCCAUCCAGCUAUUAGUAUUAAUAAUAAAGUAUCAUGAAAGUAUGUAAUCGCCCUACUUUAGAACUGGUUGGAGCGAACAGGUAGAACGUUUUCACGAAUGCCUUCGAUAGACAGAGUUCUACCGAGCAAAUAAUGAACACAAUAAUGAAAAUCAUACUUUUAAAUUUGAAUUGAGCAAAUAAAUUGGACCUUUGUAUUAUUUCAAUUCAUGUUUUUUUUUGGUUUUUUUUUUUUGUGCUCUAUCUACUUUAACCCCUUUAAGGACCAAACUUCUGGAAUAAAAGGGAAUCAUGACAUGUCACACAUAUCAUGUGUCCUUAAGGGAUUAAUCCAGAGACAAAUCCCAUGGUGCAAUGCAGUCUCUGUAUCUCCCAACCUUGCAGAAUAGGUUCAUAGCUAGCACUGUGGAGCAUGCCAUCACUCCUGAUUUAGAUCAGCGGCAUUGUUUGCAUGGUAGAGAACAUAUACGUUUAUUCUAAAACAUAAGGUGCACAGUGAGGGCCGAUGCGUUUCUUGUUGUAGUGUUUGGUAAUUACUGAUAUAUUUCUCAUAUGUUUCAGUUUCAGCCACGGCACCGGUUGGGCUCUCAGAGUGGCUUCAGCAAAGUCUUACUAAAAGUGACCGUCCAGAGCUGACCAGUGCCAAGAUUGUGGUUUCAGGAGGUAAGAUGGACUGUAGAAAUGCACAACUUAAGUAUGAAUAUACAAAACUAUAUGUAGAUAUGUGCAUUUAGCUGUCGGACACAGCAUGUUAUCCUAGCAGAGUACACAUGGAGCUAUUCCAGAACAUAGAACUAUAUACUAAAGCGUAUUACCAGUUUCAGUACUUCUACUGCCUGCCUAGAGCUAACCUAAUGUUGUGUAAUGGAUUUAAAUCAAUAUUGGAGCCCACACAUAGAACUCUGGUAACUGUGUUUUUUUUAUGAUGUUCUGUGACUGUUUAGCUUUACAGCAUCAGAUUGUUGUAGCAUUUAUCACUACGUGGCGAUACCUAGGUCUUUGUUACUAAUACAUUCUACUUUUUUAUUGUUGUAAACAUUGCUGUCACUGACUUGGUCAUUGGAGUUUAUUUAUGGUCCUGUCUGCAUUUACUUCUAGGCCGUGGACUGAAGAGUGGUGAUAACUUCAAAUUGUUAUAUGACCUGGCAGAUCAGCUGCACGCAGCAGGUAAGGACCUCUAUAAAAUGUGUGUGUUUGUGUGUUGUAAUAUGUGUACAUGCAUGUCUUUCUAGAAUACAUUUAUGUGCGUAUAUAAGUGGAUAUAGGUAUGGAAUUAUAUACUGACACUUUCACUACGGGGCACUUUUUGAUUGAAGAAAGGGAUGAAUUGCUAGCAUGUAAACAUAUCCUAACAGCAAUUUCAUGUAUGGAUUGCAAAUGAUAGAUGGUAAAUGUAUACAAUUUUUAUUUUUCUCUUAUUCGGUUAUCCUUCAUAAAAAUAUUGGGGAAAUGAAAUACAGAUAGAUCGAUUAUCGGUUCUAAUAUUCCGGAUUUUGGCAAAUAUCAGUAUCGGCCACUAUUGAUACCGAUAUUGACGAUUAAUGUGAGAGGCGGUGGUGACCCAGUUUCCUGUACUCGGCCGGACUGACAGGAAGUGCUCACUGAGAGAGCACUUCCUGUCAGUCUGGCCGGGUACAGGAAACUGAAGCUCCUGUUCCGCGGUCCCCUCCACCCGUCCAUGCUACAAGAGAGGUAGUGAGGCACACCAGGGAGUAUAGUAAAUAGACAUGUUCAAUUAACAGUAGAUUUGUGUAGAAAUUGUUUCUUUUUUCAAAACGGUAAAUGUAAAGAAUAUCAGUAUCGGUAAGUUAUUGGCUAUUGGCCUGAACUUUCACAGAUCGGUAUUGGCUCUCAAAAAUCAAUAUCGGUCAAUCCCUAAAAUGAACAACUGUAGUUAGUAACCAUUGUCCUUUAUCGUGCAAUAUUUCACACCGGAUCUAGCAGUACAGCUUCUAAAAAUGGCAAAAGAAUGUAAAAAGAAUGUCUGCAUUUAAGCAUAAUAUCUACAUAUAAUUAAAUCAUAUAUGUCUAAAAUAAAAGUAUUACAAUUUUUUAUGGAAUCUUUCGAAUGCUAAUGUAAUGCUGCCAGUGAAAUAAGAGUUCAUUCACCGCCUCCCCUUUCUGACUGUAGGAAUAGUAUGACCCAUUGAAAUGUCCUUUAAUGUUUAAAAGCAGGGAGUGAGAUGCAAGUUCAGCAAAAUACAGCAAAUUUAUAGUCCUUAUACUAGUGGCUUCUGGCAGAGAAAUAUGUACCUCUACAGGCUUGUAUUAAUAAAUGAGUGAGGCUUUAUGAACUAGAUUUCAUUCUGCACAAUACAUCAAAAUGUUUAUGCUCGUUUUUGAGUAUUGAAAAGUUAAUAUGGAUAAAAAGGUCGUAUUUUGAAUAAGCUAAAUUCCUCUUUGAUACAUCUGGUAGGAACUCCCGAGUAAGUAGCGACUUGGAAUCAUCCGUGAGAGGCUUCCAAAAGUGUUAGUCCUGUUAAUUUCUUGUAGCACUUUUCAACAUGACAUCCAGAUAAAUAUUUAGGGGUAUAAAUAUACAAUAUAAUUAUAUGCUUUAUAAUAAUAUGUAUUCAUAAAUUGUAUAAGCAGUCAUACAUUUAGGUCAGUAAGUGGAGUGAGCAGGGCACAUGCCUUUAUUUCUCCCAGUUUAAGCCAUGUUCAUAUAUCCUUUAAUCCUCCUUCCCAGGAAGCUAAAACAUUGCUCUACCCCUUUCCCUCCCCUGCAAUAUAUGUUGGUAUGGUCCAUCAUUCAGUUGUGCAUGCCUCUCAUUAAUACAUGUCUUUCUGUAGUGGGUGCAUCUCGUGCUGCUGUGGAUGCUGGCUUUGUCCCCAAUGACAUGCAGGUUGGGCAGACAGGAAAAAUUGUUGCUCCUGUAAGUAUGUUACUCUUUUUACUUUAGUUUUUGAUUUAUCGUACUUAAAGGUAAAAAUAUCUGUAUACUUAACUCUAAUGGCCGUUUCGCCGCUGCCUUUACACCUGUAAAUCAGUAUCUGCUUUUGAAGCCCUUACAGAGCUAAGUAAUAAACACACCUCUGUGUCUAUGGCCGUGCCAUCACUCCAAGAUUAUUUGGUUGAACUCUGCAUCUGCCGUGUGAGCGUAUUGGGUAUUCCUUCCAGUAUUCCUUCAGUUUAAAUAAAUAAUAUUGAAUGAUGCAGAAUUAAAGCCACAAAGCAGAUAGCUGUCAGAUUAUGUAAAAGAAAAUCUUCUUUAAACUUCAGUAUUCCUCGAGAACUAAAAAAAAAAGUGGUUGGGCAUUAUGCGCCCAUUUCGAGUAAUGUUUCACUGCCAUUUAAUUUUAAAGAUCUUCCCUAAACCAGCUCGCUCUGACAUGGUGCUCAAAAGUCCUAAUAGGAAAUACUCACAUGCAUUUGCAGCUGCUAUUGUCCAUGAUUAAUAAUAGGACUUGUGGUGAAUUGUAAACACAGGCCAGGCCCAUGUUAAAAUAUACUCUUCUUCCUUGAGGUUUGUGCCCUUGGACAAUAAUUCCAAAAUAAAAUGAGAGACCCUUGAGAAAUCAUGGUCCUGUUAGCCAAAGAUUGCCAUUAUUCCUACAUACAUUUCUAAAUCAAUGCAACAUUUUACAGGUAUACAAGAGCAGAAUAAAGUUUUAUAAAAUUUUUGGCCAUAUUUCAAGGCAUGUUUUUUGGACAAUUAAAUGUUCUCCUACAAUGUUCCCUCUAUUUUUUUGUAGUUGGUGUGCGCAUAAAUUUUCUUUUGUCAAAAUUUUUUUCUUGAUCCAAAAUGUGAAUGUAAACCUGAAAUUUGUUUCUUGAUAAUAUUGGUAAAGCCCCUCUCUCAUGGUUAAUAACACUACAUUACAGUAUUACUGUAAUGGCAGCCAUUCCGACAGUAUAGCCUAUCUGCUAAUGCCCGUUUUGGUCUGUCAGUCCAGAGGAAGCAAUAGGGGGCAACCGUGCAAACAAGGGUAUACACAAUUUAAAUAAAAAUGGUGUUAUAUACACAAUAAAUGCUUCAUACACAUAAAUCAAAUCCAGCUGACAUAAUUCAAGCAAACAUUAUAUGAAGAGGAGGAGAUAUGUCAUGUCUUCAUAGAAUUUGGACAUGGAUCUUCUCCCUGGGGUCCAGUGGGGGAUGGAUCUCCUCCCUGGGGUCAAGUGGGGGAUGGAUCUCCUCCCUGGGGUCCAGUGGGGGAUGGAUCUCCUCCCUGGGGUCAAGUGGGGGAUGGAUCUCCUCCCUGGGGUCAAGUGGGGGAUGGAUCUCCUCCCUGGGGUCAAGUGGGGGAUGGAUCUCCUCCCUGGGGUCCAGUGGGGGAUGGAUCUCCUCCCUGGGGUCCAGUGGGGGAUGGAUCUCCUCCCUGGGGUCCAGUGGGGGAUGGAUCUCCUCCCUGGGGUCCAGUGGGGGAUGGAUCUCCUCCCUGGGGUCCAGUGGGGGAUGGAUCUCCUCCCUGGGGUCCAGUGGGGGAUGGAUCUCCUCCCUGGGGUCCAGUGGGGAAUGGAUCUUCUCCCUGGGGUCCAGUGGGGAAUGGAUCUUCUCCCUGGGGUCCAGUGGGGAAUGGAUCUUCUCCCUGGGGUCCAGUGGGGAAUGGAUCUUCUCCCUGGGGUCCAGUGGGGAAUGGAUCUUCUCCCUGGGGUCCAGUGGGGAAAGGAUCUUCUCCCUGGGGUCCAGUGGAGAAUGGAUCUUCUCCCAGGAGUCUUCCAGUUCCUCAUGCUGUUUAGUGAUGCGGGCUGGAGUGGCAUUAUUAUUAUUAUUAUUAUUAUUAUUAUUGCCAUUUAUAUAGCGUCAACAGAUUCUGUAGCACUUUACAAUAUUAUGAGAGGGGAUUUAACUAUAAAUAGGACAAUUACAAAUAAACUUACAGGAACAAUAGGUUGAAGAGAACACUGCUCAAUCGAGCUUACAUUCUAUAUGAUCAUAGUUUGGCUGUCGGUUUAACUUCAGAGGGCAUGCAAGGGAGCAGUGAGGAACUGGAAACACAUAAUCAGUGCUUGCCGCCUGCCUCCUCUCCUCCCUGGUAUAUUUUGGCAGAGUGCCGUGUGGGAUAAGCUGAUGCCUACUCUGCAUUACUGAAGAAGUGCACACUUCGUGCCCACUGAAGAAGUGCCCACUUUGUGGGCACCCUAAGGUAACCAGUCAGCCACCUAAUUUGUCCACUAUGACAGACUAUUGAUCUGCUCCUCACUGUGCCCUCCACACUCUGACGCCUAUCAUCUACUAAAUAAUUUCAAAAAAGGAAUGUUGUUUAAGUCAAAGUAUUCUUAUUUAUUUUAUUUAUUUAUAUUUAUUUUUGCCAAGUGUACCCUGUGAAAGUUGUGCUUCACUGAUGAUCCAUUAGGCAAAAAGUCAAGGUGAAUCUGUGCUAAAUGUAUGGCUCUUUGAUCUAGUCUUUGUGUAGUUCGUCCCUAGUUCAGAUUAUGCCGUAUGUGUCUUUAGACACUGUUUGCCGUGUAGUAGGUCGUCAUUCUGCCUUCAGAAGGGUUAAUGAGCAAGAUUAAAGGGGGAUACAAACUGUGCUGGCCAAAUUGCUUUUAUAUUUAACCCCCAGGGAGCAGAACAUCAACUGCUUUCAGCUAAAUGCACUGACAUAUGAAUAUUUUACAGCAAUUUAAUGUUUUUCUGGUUCCCCAAAGGACUUGCGAAUCAAUUUGUGAACGCUGUUCUCCUGCAGUUAUGGGCUGAGCUGGAUAAUUCAGUAUGAAAGAGGCUGUCAGCCCAGAGCUUUUUAAAGGGCUUAAUAAGAAAGUAAAAUCCCCCCACCCCACCCCACCUCGGGCCCAUUCCCCUCCUCCCAUCUGCUUAAAGUUUUAUGCAUAGGAUUUUUUUCACACUCUGUUGGUCCAAAAAACAUUUCUGUUUAGGUUCUUAUCUCAUCCUACACCAGCUUUGCGCAAUUUACAUUUAAACCAAGAUUGCUUUAAGAUGACUUUCUUAAAAUUGUAUAAUUCCUAACUAUUAAGGAAAUGGUGUAUUUUUUUUUUUUAUAUACAAUUAGCAUUUGGGGGUUAAAUUUGAAUGAAUGGUGGUUUAUCAUACGUAUGGAGCAUGGUUUCAGAGAGUGCUGGCUACAGUAUUCAUAUUACAAAAUCCAGUCUGAAAUUGCACUUGUAAUGUAACUUUUUAAAUCAAAUAUUUUAUCAUAUAUUUGAAUACUGGCAAAUGUGAACUAGUUUCCCCCCCCAUUCUUUAUUAAUGCCACAAUCGGACAUUUGAUUGAUUGACAUAUAGUGUACAAAAUAGAAAGGUCACGGUAUAGAAUGCACACAUAGAAACAACAAGAGGUCUCAAAUCCUCACGGUAUCCUUUAGAUUGUAAGCUCACUGGCUAUCUAGCGACGCACUUUGUAUAAAAGAGCUUCAAUGGCUAGUUAUCAGCUUAUCGAUAGCGCUCUCUCUACCUCUUGCAUUUCUCUCUGUAUAUUGUACAUUCUCCACUAAUUGUACAGCGCUGCGGAAUCAGUUGGCGCUUUUUAAAUACCACUAAUAAAUAAUAAAUAAGAUAUAAGCAUGUCUGACUGUGGGGGUUUUAAUUUUGUUUAAAAAGUGUGUUGAACCACUAUUCAGAAUAAAUAUCCUAAUGUAAAAGAAUGGUAAUUCUCCAAGACAGUAAAGUUAAGGAAAAGUAGAAACUGUUUGCCUUACUAGUAAGCUAACAUAAACGGCUCCCAGAAGUAAAUUUGACUAAUGAGAUCGUGAGUCAGGAGCUGGGGGAGGGGGAUUUUAAAAGGAGCGAAGGAACAGCCUAAAUGAGACCAUGUUUUGAAGGGAAAGCCAAACAUAGUGCUUCAGGAGGCUAAGUAAUGUUUUAUUAUGUUAUAUGAUUAUUUCUCUGUACACGUGCUUUUUUUUUUUUGUGAAGUGGCAAUGUAUAAAGACAGUUUUCAAAUUUUUACCCCAUUGGCCCUUAGAUCUGUCAGUUUAAUUUAUAGACUUGUUCUUCUUGGUUACAUUGAUAUUUUUUCGGGGCUCAAAAUUUGAAGUCCUUAUUUAGUAGCCAGGUUUAGAAGGUAGGCGGAAAUACAAACACACUCAGCGUUAUAGCAUGUUCAUCCGUGUGUUUUGUAUACAGGGUCAAUGUGUCUGCAAAUGCAGUAUGGUGAAUGCAGAGUGUGCGUUUGUGUAGUGUGUGUGUGUAUAGUGAAUGCAGUGUGUGUUUGUGUAGUGUGUAUAUAAUGAAUGCAGUGUGUGUGUGUGUGUGUGUUUGUGCAGUGAGUGUUUGUGUAGGUAUGUAAUGUGUGUAAAAUGGACUGGGGGGCAUUUUUUUUUUUUAAUAUAUAUAUAUAUAUAUAUAUAUAUAUAUAUAUAUAUAUAAAUAAAAAUAUAUAUAUAAAAAUAUUUUUUCAAUUUUGUUUUAUUCCCCCCUCCCUGCUUAUUACCUGGCUAGGGAGGGGGUAUGGCAUUCAAUUGGGGGGCCCAGCAACACUUACUUACCUUCCCUGUCUAACUCUCGCUGCCUUUUGCCAUGGUAACCUGUGGCAACGCUUUGACGUCCGCGUGACUCGCGAGCAGGGGAGCUGCUGGAAAGGUAAGUAAGAGUGUUGCUUGGCCCCCAAGGACUCCCACGAGCCCCUCCAGGACCCUGAUGUCGGCCCUGGUCUGCAUUAUCGGUAUCUUUAUUGGUCGAUAUCGAUAUUGCUGAAAGUACAGAAUAACCGAUAAUCGGUUGAUCCCUAAUUGGAGGAACACAUUGCCUUUGUGACAGAUUGCUGUCUUGUUGUAUGAUAGUUAAAUUGCAAAAAUGGAAAAAGAAUUGCACUCAAUUCACUUAAGACAUGGUGCUUAGCUGACCAGCACAAGCCCAGAAGAUAAUAAAUACCAGUAUUAGAAAAUAGGUCCAGGCACUCCAUUGUCUUCAGGUACCUUUAUAAGAACAAGUGGAACACUGCAAUGUUUUGACACCCAAUGGAGUGUUUGUCAAUAUUGUUGUAUGAUAGUGUCAUCCAUCUUACACAUGCACAGUCACGGUGGGGACUAGAUUGUGAAUGCUUGCCCAUUAAAGGGGAACUGCCACUCCCAAGGAUUUUCAGUGUUAUGUUUGUGUGGCGGACAGCUCCUAAUUAUCGGAAUCUCGCAACCAGGGAUUCCCUUUCCCCUCCGCAAAGUCCCCACAAGUGAUAAUAGCUCAUCCCCCCACCCCCCAAUCAUCAGCUGAGGCUCGAUGCAGGGUAGAACAGACCCACUUUAUUGGUGACAAGCGGCUAUCUAUACAGUGUCCACAACAGGGAGUCAUUUCAAACACAAUGCAUUGCACAAUCCUGGUGCCCUGCUAUUAUUUACGAAUAGCAAGAUAAUUUAAUUAGCGGCCAGACACCUGUUACCCCAAAACACGUUUUCCUCACAUAGUAUCCUCAAACAUUUACUGUCUGGCACCUACGGUCUUCUUGGUAUGAGUUGUUAUAAUUAAGAUAAUGGAUCCCAGUCAUUGAAUACUGUCUAACCCUGGUAUGAUAAUGGAGAAUUAUAAACUUGAAAUGUCCCUGUAAAGGGGCAAUCUGACGUUAAAAACAGACAUGUUUAUUUUAACGUUGAAGUUUUUAUUUUAGUUUUAGGUCCCCCCACCUAUUCAUUAAAACAAGUAAACUAUUUUUUUUUCCCCUGCCGAGAGAGUCUAUGCUCACUAGUCCAGGCCAUCAUAACUGAUGAUUUCUGUCAAAUCUACUGCUUCUCACUGGCGAUAAAGGACACAUGAACAGCACUCACUGCUAUUGCCAGUACAAUGCUUCUGAGGGGAAAGUGGUUAAGCAACAUGUUCUCUGGAGCAAAUGGUGCUCUCUUCUCAACUAUAAACGUCGUAACCUCAUAAAUUUGACUGCAGAAAGGUUUUGAGGUUGGGCAACCCACCCAUUUGUGGCGCAUCAUCUCCACUCCAGAGACACAUCUUCAGCCUUUGUCUGGUACCUACUGGAAUAAUUUAUGGAUUAGGUGUGGCGUUUGGUACUACUGUGACAUUCAGGACAUUAAUUAGUUUCCUGAAUGGUGGAGCUGAUGGAUGAACAGUGCAGGAACAGGGACAUUUCAGUCCACUGUUUCUCUGAACAUACUGUCUCAAGUUCAUCUUCCCACUGCACCAUAAACUUCGGAGGUGAGGGUUGUUUGCAAGUGAUCAACGGUUUGUACAGCUGGAAUAUGCCUCUAUGCAGUCUAUCGCCCUGUAAGCAUAAAGACUUACACUGGUAUGGUUUUCUGUGGAGAUCCUGGUUGCGUGGUAGGUUAUUGCAGUAACGGUUGUUCUUCAGUAUAGUAAAUGGUAUUUUGAGUGGUGUGUUUUUGUACCGCAGUAUCCAUGGGGAGGUUAAUUUAGAAAUGUGUCAAUGUCUAUUGUCAUGUGCACCUCUUGUAAAAUGAAAAAAGUGGACACAUAUAGCAUUUAAUCAAGCUAAAGCGCUUCAGGGGGUCCUGAGCGUCCCUUUUAAAUACUUCAGCAAGCUAACCUGGACUGGAGUAUACCUUUGAUUAGUAAUCACAAUGAGGCCUCCUUCUAUGAAUGUCUGGUUACUAUUCUGUUUUUGCAUUGUGCUUGUGUCUACUUCUUUGAGGAACAAACUCCCAAAACCGGUGAAUAACACUGUAACGCAAUGUGCCUUGCGGGUUAUGUAUGUCGGUGAAGUGUCAGUACCUCUGGGUUUCAAGAUGUCAUCUGAUCUCUUACCUUUCUUGCCAUGUCGUGCACAGCUGGUAUUACAAUGUUAACAUUCUGUAUUCCUUUCAGGAGCUCUAUAUUGCCGUUGGGAUCUCUGGGGCCAUUCAGCAUCUGGCUGGGAUGAAGGAUAGCAAGGUAAUUUUAUAAUAUAUUGAACUAUUUUACAAUACCGGUACAGAAGCAUGGGAAUGGGACUUGCCCUGAAAAUAUAUUGCAAACUGUAGAACCUAAAAUAACAUUGUUUUGUGUUUCUUAAUUUGAUAACAAACAUAUCUGUUGUGGGAUUAUUAUAAAGAUUUCUCUCCAAUUUCAUUGUUAAUCUGUACAUGGUAGAUCCAAGGUAUGUGUGACCUGUUUAAAUGCACAGGGUGCCAGAGAGAAGGCUUCCCACCACAUUGUCACUGCUCAGUACGAUAGCCUGGUACGCCUUACUGUGGGCUGACCAGCUGCCAGUUGUUAGUGACCAUGUGUCAAACACCGCCAGGGAGCUCAUGCAUUGCACUAAUGCCCUGCAGCAAUAGGCACUUUACAACUGGCAGGGAGAUCAGGGGAUUAUGUCCUGAUGUACCCUACAAGGGGGUCUGAGAAAGGAGCUCUUUCUGGCUCAGUUUAUUAUGUCUCUGCACUCGCCUGCCAUUAACGUCUGCAAAAAGAGGAUGAUGUGCUGGUAGUCCUAUUCCAGCCUCUACUAACUUAAAGGCCCCACAUUGUGCCAGAGACACAAAGAUGCUUAGUUCUUAGGCCCCUCCACUAUACUGCAAAGAAUGAGCUCACAUUAGUACAUGAGAAGGUAACCAAAUGGGAUACAAGCUCACUUAAUGUUUAUUUUUAUUUACCUUGUGAGUUUGUUCUGUGAGUGUUUGUCUCUGUGUGUCUGUAUGUCAUUAGAGGCUCAUUCUACAAUAAAUAUUUAUGAAUUUCCCCUUUAAUAUUAUGUUGAUAAUGAAUAAGUAAUGAGAGAGUGCUGGACUCUUUUUUUAAUCCUGCCUGCUCAAAGUUGACUAAUAAAUAAUGUUUAGGGAUCUGUGUGUAUUGCUCAUUGAUGAAUACUUUCUUCCUCCAUACAUUUCAUAGGACCUCAUGAAGGAUUUGGGUUAUUCUUGCAGUGAUUCUCAAUAUAGCCCCUAUCGGAAAAUAAUUCUUAAAACUGUAUGAGACUUCUACCCUUGCAAUGACAAAAAUGUCCUCAUUCACUCUGCUCCUAUAGCAGCCAAGUGUUACUUGCAAAUCUGCUUGUACAGUAAGCUUAAAUGGACACUGUAGGCACCCAGACCACUUCAGGUCCCUUUUGCACUUAGUGCUGCAAUGUAAAACAUUGCAGUUCCAGAGAAACUGCAAUGUUUACAUUACAGCUCUAAGUCUGCCCUUUGUGGCUGUCUAACAUACAGCCAUUAGAGGGUUUCCUGAAUCGAAACAGACUUUUGGUCUGUUAUGUGAUGCUGGACGUCCUCACACUCUGCAUGAGGACCUCCAGCAUGAGAUUUUUCCCCAUAGGAAAACAUUUAAUCAAUUUGCCGCUCAUGCGCGUUAGACUCUGCUUGUCGUGGGAUGGAGCAGGGACAUCGGCGCUGGAAUAAGGUAAGUAAAUAAAUGGUUCUAAAGCUUUAUUUACCAGGGAGGGGAGGUAGGGGGAGUGUUCGUGCUAAGAAUACAGCUUUGUAUUCCUGGCACUACACCUGGCACUCCCUUUAAUAGAGGUUGAUUACACUUACCUUCUGUUUUUGUUCUCUGGACUGCUAUAUUAGAAAUCGUACCUCCGUUAGGUCAGUUUCCUAAGUUACAAUAGGCGGGGGUUACUUACUGCAUCUCCUCUCCCAGCGGGUGGGGGCCAUAAAUGACAAUAGGGGGAGGACUUAUUGUCCUUCACCCCAGCCUUAAGUUACAGUGGGGAGGACCUAUAGUCUCUCCAACCCAUGAGCGGCGGGUGGGGGCCCCAAGUGGCAAUAGGGGGAGGACCCCAACUCCCAUCCAUGGUCAACAGUUGGGGGCUAAAUGUAAAACAUACCCCCCCCCCCACACAUGACUAGGGGGUUAUUUUUACAUUUAGCCCCCACCCGUAGUCCCCACUUUGUUUUAUGUUUUAAAGAAAAAAAACAAUCCUGAGGGAGGAAGAGAAGAGGAAUCAAUAGGAGAAAGAUAAGUUCGGCCUGACCAUGCCGCUUUAAAUUCAGUUCAAAAUAAAAUGCAAAUAACUGUGCGAGUCAUUGUGGACGCCUGUUCAGCUUACCCAAUUAUUAUUGUAACUUUAAUUACUGCUCUCUGAGUCUGCCUUCAUUGCUUCUCUGAUCCACAAGUACUCACUAUCACAUGGUCUAUGUUUUCAGACUAUUGUUGCCAUAAACAAGGAUCCAGAGGCUCCUAUCUUCCAGGUGUCUGACUACGGUUUGGUUGCAGAUUUAUUUAAGGUAAUAUAAUAUAUUAUCUGAUUGUUUGGGUCAUAUUAUGCAAGUAUCACAUUGUUCAUUUUAUUCUCUGAGAUUAAAAGUGUUACGACCGUAGUAAAAAAAAUAAGUUUUUAUUAUCCAUUAACACUCCACUGUCCGAAUACAAAAACAAAACACUAUUUAGUAAGUAAACCUCCAAUGAAAACAUUUAUGUGUGUAUUUUUGUCAGUGGGGAUAUAUUUAAACACAGCUUGCAAAAUAUGCAAAUCGCUUAUCCCCUCCCCUUCCUCCCCAAUCCAAACUUUCCAUGGCUGUCCAAUCACAGGCUUCCCAGUGCAGCUUGAAGAGACGUAUUUACAAGAGGUGCUCUGGCCGGUUUAACUUCACUGAACUAACCAAACCGGUUGUCUGAUUGGCAGCCAGGAGGGUGUAACAAGGUUCAUUUAUGAAAAGUCCAAAUUUAUUUUGAAAUCUGCACUUCAUAAAAAAGGACACAUUCUUCAGAUGUAAGGCACUUUACAUAAAUGUGUUAAUGUCCCUAGAAAAUAAAUAAAAUAUGACCUAUAUGAUCUAUAUUUUGUAGCUACUAAAUUAUCUAAUGUAUCAUAAAAGUUUCAUUCGAAGUUUAAAAUUAUACUCGAUAAUAAGUAUGGUGGUGAUGUGCUACGAUAAUUCCUAUUGCGCAAUCCCACAGGCUUAGCUCAUUUUUGCGCUACCAAAUUUUGCUGGCGCUAUAUAAAAUAAUAAUAAUUACGUUAUUGUUGGUAUACAGUUUUCUGAUUAGUGAGGAGCAUGGCCUUCUGGUGGCUUAACCAUGUGGCUGUUAUCCAUAAUCAGUUGGUUCAGUUCUAGAAAGAGGAUGUAAUGAGUUCAGUUCUAGAAAGAGGAUGUAAUGAAUUUGGUUCGGUUUUAGAAAGAGGAUGUAAUGAACUAAGUUCAGUUUUAGAAAGAGGAUGUAAUGAAUUAAGUUCAGUUCUAGAAAGAGGAUGUAAUGAAUUAAGUUUAGUUCUGGAAAGAUGAUGUAAUGAAUUCAGUUCAGUUCUGGAAAGAGGAUGUAAUGAAUUUGGUUCAGUUUUAGAAAGAGGAUGUAAUGAAUUCAGUUCAGUUCUAGAAAGAGGAUGUAAUGAAUUCAGUUCAGUUCUAGAAAGAGGAUGUAAUGAAUUAAGUUCAGUUCUGGAAAGAUGAUGUAAUGAAUUCAGUUCAGUUCUAGAAAGAGGAUGUAAUGAAUUAAGUUCAGUUCUGGAAAGAGGAUGUAAUGAAUUCAGUUCAGUUCUAGAAAGAGGAUGUAAUGAAUUAAGUUCAGUUCUAGAAAGAGGAUGUAAUGAAUUCAGUUCAGUUCUAGAAAGAGGAUGUAAUGAAUUAAGUUUAGUUCUGGAAAGAUGAUGUAAUGAAUUCAGUUCAGUUCUAGAAAGAGGAUGUAAUGAAUUCGGUUCCGUUUUAGAAAGAGGAUGUAAUGAAUUCGGUUCCGUUUUAGAAAGAGGAUGUAAUGAAUUCGGUUCCGUUUUAGAAAGAUGAUGUAAUAGAAAAUAGGGGGUGGGGUCUGUUUGGUUCAGUCUAUUAUAUUUAUUCAUGUUUCCAUUUGUUUCUGGAUGCGAGCAGUAUGCCUAUGGGAGUACUCCAGAUAAUGUAUGCAUCCUGAAUGUUGGUAAUGCUGUGCUAUUCAGAGAGUGGUCCAACUAACUGGGAAUAUUGUGCAUAUAUAUAUAUAUUAAAUAGAGCACUCCUUGGGAAAAAAAAAUAAAAAUGUAUUAAAGUGUACAAUCAACGUUUCAACCGUCCUGGGUCUUUAUCAAGAUGUUCAGUGGAAGUAGGAUCUUCAUUAACUGUUUCUGUACCAGAUGCUUGCAGAGGGAAAAGCUGCCAUAGUUUAAUUCAAGAAGGAAUCUUUCUUAAUUUGUUGGAAAAAAUUGAAAGUGCUUCAAAAUGUGUUGUUUUUUUGGUUUUUUUGCCUUCUUUUGGAUCAACAACAAAACCAGAUGUGAGAGAGGCCGAACUCUUUUCAGCCUAAGUAACCAUGUAAUUGAAUUCAUUACACAACUGUUAGCCGAUCACACUGUCUCAGCAGUGGCUGGCACUCAUACUAGUUUUCAGUGUGCAUGCAUGGGGUAAAACGUAUUUAUUUAUUUUGAAUGGUUUUUCCCACAAUAGUCUUUCAUUACUUUGACUGUGGCAUGCCUAGUACUAGAUGUUUUGCCAUACAAACAAAUGAACAUCUGUUUCCAAUAUGCGCCAGUGAACACGUUAUCCCAAAGAAGCCAAAUAAUUGAUCUCCCAUGAACCGUAAUUGGAAUUCUUGCAUUUAUGGUGAUGAAUAUCUUCAUGUAGUUUGCAUUUUGUUUGUUUUUCUUGUACAAAGUGUGGCAAGCUCAGGAUGAGCUGCUUGGCCCCACACAACAAGUCUUUUGUCGGUCUACUGGAGGAAAUCAGGUGGUAGUGCCAGCACUUAAUGCGGUUCCUGAACUGACGCCUGCUGGCACAUUCAGAGACCAAGCCACUUGCAGGAUACAACAUGUAGACAACUUCCUCAAUAAAUUUUGUAGUAGCAUAUUAAUUCCACCUGAUGGAAAUGUAGGUAUUGUAAAUAAUUGAAGGAAUGUUUUCAUCAGAGAGGAUUUUUAUGCGAUAACAGCAGGACACCUCGUCUCCCCCCCCUUAGGAAUACCCAAUUGAUAUUCAUGGGUUAACACCAUGCUAGUGCUUGGACAGAAUCUCUGAACACAGACACUGUGUUUUAUUACACUGUAUAGAUAUUGGUUAAUAUUGUACAGUUGUCCCCACACAAACCACGCUAUGAAUUCAUACACUGUGGGGGUGAGGAGAGACUUGGCGUUUGACCUCUGAAUUCUAAAUCCUAGGCACUGUGACCUAUAUAUAUUUUUUUCUGUUUGGUUGUCCGCUUUCUUCUGAUCUCCGAUUAGUGAAUAAACCCCCUAGAGAAGUGAUGGCUCCCUUUGGGCACUAUGGUUCCUAUGAGGCAGAAUCUUACACCUGUCACAUCUGGAGUGACAAGUUGAGCCAUUUUUCCACAUAGUAGUAUUUACUUAAAAUGGUGAAAUUUAGCACUAAAGGGGGUGAAUCUUAUUUUAUCACCCAGAAAAUGUCCCUAAUCAUUGAUAUCCGUUCAGGUGUAAAAAUAAAAUAUUCAGAGACGGGUUGUAGACAAAAUUUAUAUGUGUACACACAUAGCCAGCCUCUCGUUGCCUUUUAUGUAUGUUGGAUAUUAUUAUAUAGUAAACCUCUCAUAAACUUGUUCUUGUGUGCUUAACUAAUUCCAUAAAUAAUAGGUGGUAUCAAUACUUGCAACAUAAGAGGACUUCUAGAAAUGUAUAAUUACCUGUUUGUCAUAUGCUGCUUUUGAAAAUAGGUUAUGACCAGAUAAUACUGUGUUUUUGUUAUGAUUUACUUAAAAAAAAAAAAAAAUUAUUUUAUUUUUCUCUUUUAGGUGGUUCCAGAAAUGACUGAAUUGAUUAAGAAAAAAUGACAUUUACUAAUGGGCAAAAUUCACUGUUAGUCUAAUUAACAAUGAAAAUUUAAAUCAUAUGGUCUCUGCAAAACUGUUUAUACAUUCAUGCAACAAAGUAUUUUUUUUUUUUUUACCAAAAAUGUCUGUCUGAAUAGUCAACAAUAAAUACAACGAAAAACUUAGAACUGUGUGUCUUCGAGAUUGUUUGCCUAAAAGUUGGUAUAUAAACUGUGACCGACUCUUGCUCCAGACCCGUGCCAGUUGUACAUGUUGGGAUCAAAACAAAACCUGGAAUUUGCGCUGUAUGUCUCUUCAAGCGUAAUUCACCCUUUUCAUAUUAAAUGCACCCACACUUAUUUUGUUCAGGAGAAACAGGGCUUUCAUUACACAUGAACUAUUCAUAUAGG